AUUACUCGUGAACAAAUUCAUUAACACUUGUGGUCUGAGUGAAAAAACUAUUCAAACCGCGUUCCCACCGUGUACAUAUGAUUUUGAUUCACUCUCUUAAAACUAGUCUUUCUCUCGAUCUCUGUGAUACAUAUGCAUAGUAAAGUUAUAGAGUGUGGCUUUUUGCUUGGUCUGAUUCCAAUUUUGUAAAAUGCGUUCAAACAGACCAUCGCCCCCUUACCCGUUCAUCUUCACAUCCUUCAUCUUGAUCAUCUCCAUACAAACUUGUUUUUGUGCUGGCAACGACCAAUAUGUAAACUGCAACAGACCCUUUCUAUGCGCCACCGUCCAAAGUAUCCUACAUCCCACAUUGCGGUUCACUGUGCUACCACCACCGCAGUUGGUGGUGAAAACACGACGGUUGGCAGCCGAUCCUCGUCAGUCAGGUCAGUCAGCAAAUACUGAACCGAAAAGUGUUUUCCCAGAUUGCACAAAUACAAGUUCGUACGCCCAGUGCGUAGCUUCUUAUAAAGGAAACAAUAACAAUAAAAAAAAUCCGUAUGACAAGAGCAACGACCGCAGGGUUGUAGUUACGCCACCCCCGCCUCCACCAACACCGUUCAAUAAGCUCAUUGCGCCAGCACCAGAGCCUAUUGUGCCAUCAGGAGUCCCAGUUACGCCACCCCCACCCCCACCCCUACCCCCGCCUCCACCAACACCGAUCAAUAAGUUCAUUGCGCCAGCACCAGAGCCCAUUGUGCCAUUAGGAGUCCCAGCUUUUACGCAAUCCCCGUCUCCAACUCAGUUCAUUGCGCCAGCAGUAGCAACAUCUCCCAAUGAAAUUGGGCCACAUCAUAAUUAUUUAAGAGAACGGCCAUUUUCGAAGCGCAAUCCGUUGCAGAAAAUUGCAAUUGGCAUUUCUGGAGCUGUGUCUGGGAUUGUAGUAAUCUCUUUUGUGAUUAUCUACAGCGUUAAGAGAAGGCACUUCUCAAGUAAAAGUGGUGCAAAUAACUUUCAAAUCAAUGAUGAGGAAUUCAUAAAGAACUACGGAUCAGUAGCACCAAAGCGAUAUACUUAUUCAGAUGUGAAGAAAUUGACCAACUCAUUCAAAGAAAAAGUAGGACAAGGAGGAUAUGGUGUUGUAUACAAAGGGAAGCUACCUGAUGGACGUAUGGUGGCAGUGAAAAUCCUGGGUGUGUCAAAAGGUAAUGGAGAAGAAUUUAUCAACGAAGUGGCUAGCAUUAGUAGAACAUCCCAUGUUAAUAUAGUCACUCUUUUAGGUUUCUGCUACGAAAGGACUAAAAGAGCUCUAAUCUAUGAAUUCAUGCCUUAUGGAUCUCUUGAUAAGUUCAUAUAUGAUAAAGGACCUCCAAUUACAAAUCAUCACUUGGACAGCAAGACUAUGUUCCGAAUUGCGGUUGGCAUUGCUCGAGGACUAGAAUACUUGCACCGUGGAUGUAACACAAGGAUCCUACAUUUUGACAUAAAACCACAUAAUAUACUUUUGGAUGAGGAUUUGCACCCAAAAAUUUCUGAUUUUGGACUUGCUAAACUAUGCAAAACAAAAGAGAGUAUUGUGUCAAUGACGGGCAUGAGAGGGACUGCAGGAUUUAUUGCACCAGAAGUAUUUAGUCGGAGCUUUGGUGGAGUUUCUCACAAGUCUGACGUUUACAGUUAUGGAAUGUUGGUUCUUGAAAUGAUUGGAGGAAGGAAAAAUUUUGAUGGUGAAUUCUCUCAUACCAGCGAGACAUAUUUUCCACACUGGAUUUAUACGAAACUUGAACAGGACAAAAAUUUUGAUACUUUUGAGCAUAUAACAGAAGAGGCAGAAGAAGAGACAACAAAAAAGAUGAUAAUAGUUAGUCUAUGGUGCAUUCAGACCAAUCCUUCAUAUCGGCCAUCAAUUAGUAAGGCAAUAGAGAUGUUAGAAGGAAACCUUCAAGCCUUACCAUUUCCACCAAAGCCUUUCUUGGAUUCACCUACCAGGUCACCUUAAGAUUAAUUCUUCCAUGACUUGAUAGUCAUAAAAAUCCGACAUUUCAAAUCUGUGCAAUUGUAUCUAAAAUUCAAAGAAGAAUAGAUGAUCUUGUUGCUGAGUUUUUCUUGCUUACACAAUGUUGUUUAUAUACAAUUUUACAUUGAGACAAAUCGCUUGAAACUUGGAGCGAAGAUUUCAAUUUUUUGUUCAGUUAUGGAAGGCAGAGGAGAGUGGCUAGCUAACAGGGUUGACUCCGCCCCUUUUGUUUGUGGUGGUGGCUGCAGUUGAAGAUGACUCCACCCCAUGUUAGGGAGUGGCAAGCCACCUAUUGAUUUUUGAUUUUUGAUUUUUUGAAAAAUAAUAUAAUGCUGCACCAUA